UAUUUCUGUUACACAUAUCCCGGUUACAAGAGGUUUUUUGUGAUUUCUGAGCUUGGUGCUGUCAGCCUCAUGUGAACAAACUAAAACAAAAAGCAAGCUGAUUUUUAGAAAACAAAAUGCCGCGCAGAAGGAAAACUGGUGGGAGUCCUUCUCGGAAGAAUGGCAAUUCUGACAGAACUGCUGUUGCUGUAUCCCAAGGGGACCCAAGCUGCUCAGUGUCACAAGUAGUGCAUAGUGUCAAUAAGGAAGAGCUCUUCAACAGCAUGUCAGAAAUGUUUUCUGACCUAGAUCCUAGUGUGGUUUAUAUGGUUCUGUCUGAAUGUGAUUUUAAAGUAGAAAACGCUAUGGAUUAUCUGCUAGAGCUGUCCACCCAUGCCAAAGGAGUAGCAUCUUCAAAAACCUUGGGUUUUAAUUCAGUAGCAUCAUCGAUAGCUCUUGUUAAUCAGCAAAGAUCUGUUGCAAAUGAGACAAUGCGGGAAAGUCCUGCAGAACAAAGUAAUUCUGAAGAAGAAAAAGAAAGAGUCCUAUCACCUGAUGUGCAGCUGACUGAAGAACUGGAUUCUUUAAUAGAAAAUGCCUUUCAGAGAUACAGCUUGAGUGAUGAAUUGCCUAAUUCUGCAAAUGACCAAAGAGUACAUAAACACUCUGUGGAACAAGGUGGCUUUACUGAGUGGGAAAAAUCUGAUUCAGGUUACAAUGUCCUACUUUUUCCUCAGCAAACAGAGACAAAUAAUGAGGUUUUAGAAAACUUCUGCUGUUCUCAGCCACCAGUGAGUCAGCUGAGUGUCCAGACAAGCUCACCAGCUGCAUCAGAUGCUUUUGCACAGAUAUUGGAAGAUUCUGAUUUGUCAGAAGUACAUUUUCAACAUGAUGUAGCUUCAGAAGUCUAUAAACAAUCAAAUGGAGAAAUAUCAUGUGGAAAUUCUGAACAGACACAAGAUACUGGUUUGGAUCAACGAAGUGUGACUGCUGCUUCUGGUGAGUCCUCCCAAGGACCUCUGGAACUUGGGGUAGCUGUCACUGGAAAUCCUAAUUCAGGGUGCCUGGAACAGCACAAAGAGGUAGUGACUGCUUUUAACAGCCACCAGAGCACUUCUCUUCCAGAGGCCUAUGUCUCUUUUGAAACAUCCAGUUUCAAAACACCUAAACCUGCAGAUUUUCAACAAACUCAGCAGGGUUAUAACUUAAAUUUUUCUACACUGUCAUGUCAACCUCAACAACACUGGAAUCUCAUGGCUCCUGUUUUUUAUCCAUCCAGUGGAAGUCACAGCUUUGUAACUCCUGUGGCUGUCAGUCCAGGGCAGUGGAGACCUGUUUCAGACUGUAGGACUUUGGAAAAAGGACUUUUUUUUUCCUCUCCAGUGGUUUCAAAUGCCUGGGAUAGCAACCCUUCUCCGAAGGUAUGGGGAGAUCAAGAUAGAAACUCAAAAUUGAACCUCUCGCAAGCACAGCUGCCACCUGUUUGUCACAUGAUGAGAAAAAAGAUGCACCUCAUAGGUCAAGUACUUGUUCUUCUCAGAGGUGUUCCAGGAUCAGGAAAAUCAUAUUUGGCAAGGACUUUGCUUGAGGAUAACCCAGGUGGAAUCAUUCUUAGUACUGAUGAUUACUUUUAUAAACAUGGACAAUACCAUUAUGAUCCCGAUUGCUUAGGGGAAGCACAUGACUGGAACAGGAAACGAGCCAAAGAAGCAUUUGAAAUGAGAAUCUCUCCUAUAAUAAUAGACAACACAAACAUACAAGCAUGGGAGAUGAAGCCUUAUGUUACUUUGGCUCAGCAGUUCAAAUACAAGGUCAUGUUCCGAGAACCAGACACUUGGUGGAAGUUUAAACCAAAAGAACUUGAAAGGCGAAACAUUCAUGGUGUAUCUAAAGAAAAGAUCAAAAGAAUGUUGGAACGGUAUGAACGUUGCCUUACCGUUAGUUCAGUAUUGGAUUCUUCAGUCCCAGACAAAUCAGAAGCUGCUGGCUGGAGUGAAGAUCCUUGUCAGGAGGAAAGCCAUAGAAAGAGAGAGGCACAUUCUGAUGUAAAGGAAGGAAAAACUUUUGCUUCUGAUGUGGAGCCUCUUGAAUUAACUGAAGAUGAUAAAACUUUUCCCAGUACUUCUGUAACAUUGGAAAGUAACUGUGAUCCUGAACAUUUUCAGAAAGAGGAAAAAGAAAUGGAAAAUAACUCAGUGGAACACAAUCCUGAGGACAGCACUGUUCAAGAUGACUUGGAUGUUUAUUUAUCAGAUUGUGUUGAAAAAGAACUGCUGUUGGAGAAGAAAGAAGAAAAGGGAGAAAAAGUAGAAAAAAAUACUGAAACAGAAAUGGAUGAGGUUGAUGUGACCACUACUGAAGAGACUGUGUGCUUGCAUACAGGAGGAGUUGAGGAACACAGUGAUAACAACAUUCUCAAAAUUCAAACUGAAGUUGAACAAUCUGGCAAAAUAUGUACGGAACUAAAAUCAACACAAAGUAGUAACAUGGUGGAACCAAGCAGUUCAGCCUUUGACACAUCAGGAAAAACAGAACUACUAAACUUUCUGGGUGACUGGCCUGUAGAACAAACAAUGGGACAGAGAGUCAAAAGAGUUAGAAGACUAGAAAAAUCUUCUCUGAAGAGCGAUACAGAAGGUAAAACUCCUAGUCAGCAGCAUCCUGAGAUAGGUCAAGAGCAAGCGGGCCUGCGUGGGACCUGUACUGUUGAAAAAGGACACGAGGAAGAAAAUCUAGCCUCUAGCUGUUCCUCUGUUAGUACAGAUAAAGUCACACCAGAAUUGCCAAUGAUAGGACAUUGGCCUGUCUCAGGCUCAUUAGAACAGAGACAACAAAGGUCAAGGAGAAUGAGAAAGGCAAGUCUAAAUCAGUCCGAUGAGGGUAGAAACACUGAAGGUGACAUUAACAGAAGUGCUCUUGAGACCGUAGAUGUACUUCGUGGGACCCCUGUGAACACUGCAGAGCAACCGGAUACAAAGUGUUUGCAUAUGCACCAACCUGAAACAGUAGCUAGUGAAACAGUAGGUGAGAAAAAAACACAGCAAAAUAAGAGAAUGAGGAAACAUCACAAAUUAGCCCUCACUUUUACAAACAACAAUUUGCCCCAUCCCAAAGAAGAGGAACGCUUGCCUAUGCUUAACGCAGCAGAAGAGAAACAUGACACAUGCUCAUGCAGACAAAAAAGUAGCCAUUCACAGACUGAAUCACAGGACUUUGCUCUCCUGUGGAGGUUAGAAAAGAAAAUGCUUUUUCCUGAGACUACCAAAGUAUUGCAUGGCAGACUAGACGGCUUCAAACCCAAAGACAUAGAUAAUGCCUUAGAUUCUCUGGAAAAAAUACCUUAUCGAGUUAUGUAUGAUAAAAGUACAUUUGUGGAAGAAAGUGAACUUGUCAAUAUUGAUGAGUCUGAAAAGCUAAAUAUGCUAUGUAAGCUCUUUGAGUCUGUUUCAUUUGAAGCGCUGAAGGAUCUGUAUGAAAGAUGUAACAAAGACCUAGACUGGGCCACAGGCCUGCUGUUAGACUCUGAUGAAAAGUUAUGCAAAGAUGUUGAUGAUACUGAAUGCUCUCAAGUAAGAGAAACUGAGCCAGUUGUUGCAGACCUUGAUGUCAAGGCAAGUACAAACUAUGGUGAGAAUCUCGAAGACUGCGAACAACCGCUGCAAAUAAUUGGGGCUGGUGAUAUCUCUGAGCCUUCAGAAGACAAGAACUCAUCACUCAGCAUUGCAGAAAGUAGGGCUACCAAGGCAACUGUGACAGAUGCUGUUGUGUCCGAGUUGUUGACUGCUACCUCAUUGAAUGAUUCAGCGGAACUGAAAAAUUCUGGACAUGGAGCCCCUAGAACUGACGCAGACAGCUCAGCAGUGGGUGUCAUUAAGCUAUCCAUUUCAGGAAAACAGAAGAUAGAGUCUGAGAGUCCUGUUGAAGAAACUAUAAAUAAGCCAUCAGCCUCACAACUUGAUGCAAGUUUAUGUAUACCCAUGACUUUGCCUCAUGGUCCUAACACAACUUCUACCAAUUUGAAAUAUGAAUUAAAUAACAAAAGUGACAGUAACCCUUCAGAAAGUAAUGCAGAGAAUUCCAGAGUGACUGCUUCGUUACUGGAAAUGGAUCAUGCACCUCUGGUGAGUCCUAGGAGUGAUAAAGAAUUGGAGACAGAUAAAGAAACCCAGAGGAGUUCCAGGGAGAUAUGUGGUAAAGAAGAAAUUGAAACUCCAAGCUGGGAUGAAGCUAAAGCCAAGAUACAAAGUCCUGUACCAGCAUCACGUGCAGCCUUCAAUAUAGAUUGCCUAGAACUAACAUUACCUCCUGAACUGGCACUCCAAUUGAAAGAAAUAUUUGGGCCUGUUGGUAUUGAUGCAGGAUCACUAACUGUUGAGGAUUGUGUGGUUCAUAUUGAUCUGAAUUUGGCAAGAGUGAUUCAUGAAAAAUGGAAAGAAUCUAUUCUGAAGCGUCAGAGGAGAGAAGAAUCAUGUAAGUUGUCUGCAGAAGGUCCUACUGGGAUUCAGCACAUAGAUACAGAUGACUCAGAAAUGCUGUUAUCUCAGAAUGCAGACAGUAAAAUACAGAAGAAAAAAAUGAGCUGGGUGUCAGGCUUAUCUAAUGACAUACAGACUAAAAAAACAGCAACAUCAGACGUUUUUCCUUUUAUGGAUCACUGGAAUGCUCAGAUUCAGAAAGUUUCUCUCAGACAAAUAAUUUCUGAAGAAAUAGCUAUGCAGGAGAAACAGGACCUGAAUCGUGUUCCUUCUAUGGCUAGAAAAGACUGUGCCGCUAAACUAAAGGAGAAGCAACUUUUUGAGAUGUUUCCAACUAUUAAUCAAAAUUUCUUAAUGGAUGUCUUCAAGGAUAACAACUACUCUUUAGAACAAACUGAACAGUUUCUGAACUGUGUUCUGGAGGCAGAUCCUGUUAAAACAGUUAUAGCUCAAGAAAGUGUUCAGCAAAAUGAAAUUGUUUCUUCUUACAGUGCUGCAAAGAACCGGGAGAAAAAGGCAAAAAAAAGUAAGGAAGAGGAUGAUCCUUUGAGUGAAAUAUUUCAAGAAUUUGAGUAUCCACAAUAUGAUGAUUUAAGAGCAGAAGCUUUUUGUCACCAGCAGAAGAGACAGGAAUGUUUGAAAAAGGCUGGGGAGGCCUAUCGCAUGGGUAUGAAGCCUGUGGCAGCAUUUUAUGCACAUCAGGGUCGCCUUCAUGAGCAGAAGAUGAAAGAAGCCAACCAUGCUGCUGCUGUGCAAAUCUUUGAGAAAGUAAAUACUUCCUUGCUGCCUAUGAAUGUGUUGGAUCUGCAUGGUCUCCAUGUGGAUGAAGCUGUUACUCAGUUGUCCAGAGUGCUGCAGGAAAAAAGUGAAGAGUACCAGCAGACUGGUGGUAAACCAUAUCUCUGUGUUAUCACCGGAAGAGGAAGCCAUAGUCAGGGAGGAGUUGCUCGCAUCAGACCAGCAGCUAUCAGAUACCUCACAAGCCACAACUUCAGGUUCACAGAAAUAAAACCAGGCUGCCUGAAAGUCAUGCUGAAUUGAAGGGCUGUCAAGAAGAGAAGAGGAAUAUAGAAACUGAGGUGUCAGAGUACUGCGAAAAACUUUUUGAACAACUGCAAUAGUAUUUUGUAAUAUGUUUUAAAGGAUGAUAUUUUAUUAGAAACAGUCUCAAUUUACAGCAAGUGGUUUUGUCAGUAUGUUUCCAAGAAAAUUUUUGUGUGGAAUGAAUCCUUUUCUGAACCUGCAAAAAGAAGACACAGGAUUUGAAGUCUCAGAAAUGCAGAUUAAGAAUUCUGCUGAGCAGUAUAUGAUGUUUUAAAGGGAAGUUAAAGUACAAGUUUUAAAUGUAACUGUCUUCUCAGUGUACCCAGUCUAUGUCUUUUGACUCUCGCACAUUUUAAUUCCUGUGGAUUCUGUGCUUUUAAAACAUAGUAGCUUGUACAAAGUUAUUUUGUGAUUCAGAACUUUGUGCUAAAACCUUCAGAAGAGCACAGGGGAGGUGAGAACUUGGCAACUACUGAUACUUCAAAUCCAUUUACAGCUGAGUGCUAAAUAUUUCCAGGUUUCUUCAAAAGUCUGAUGUAGUCUUUUUUUAGUGGUUAUUUUGUGAUGGGUUGACCAGU